GGAAGUGUCAGAGUAGGCGGAAGUGGUACUGCCCUGAAUACCCCGAGCAGCGAGCGGACGACAGCUUGAUAACUCCCUUCGUUCAGAGAAUAAAAGCAGGAUCCCCAGUGCAUUCUAAAUCCUAGAGAUGGAUAAGAACGAGCUGGUACAGAAGGCCAAGCUGGCAGAGCAGGCUGAGCGUUAUGACGACAUGGCCGCUUCCAUGAAGGCAGUGACAGAGAAUGGCCUGGAGCUCAGCAACGAGGAGCGCAACUUGCUGUCUGUCGCCUACAAAAAUGUGGUGGGCGCUCGCCGUUCGUCCUGGCGUGUCAUCUCUAGCAUUGAGCAGAAGACGGAGGGCAAUGAGAAGAAACAGCAGAUGGCCCGCGAGUACCGCGAGAAGAUUGAGGCUGAGCUCAAAGACAUCUGCAAUGACGUGCUGGGUCUACUCGACAACCAUCUUAUUUCCAACGCAUCUCAGGCAGAGAGCAAGGUGUUCUACCUCAAAAUGAAAGGCGACUACUACAGAUACCUGUCAGAGGUGGCCUCCGGGGAUUCAAAGAAGGUCACAGUGGAGAACUCUCAGAAGGCCUACCAAGACGCAUUUGAAAUCAGUAAGAACGACAUGCAGCCCACACACCCCAUCCGGCUGGGCCUGGCCCUCAACUUUUCCGUGUUCUACUAUGAAAUCCUCAACUCACCCGAGCAGGCCUGCGAACUGGCCAAGGCGGCUUUCGAUGAAGCAAUUGCUGAGCUUGACACCUUGAACGAGGACUCGUACAAAGACAGCACGCUGAUCAUGCAGCUACUAAGGGACAACCUCACUCUGUGGACAUCAGAAAACCAAGGAGAUGAGGGGGACGCCGGCGAGGGAGAGAACUAGAGCCCCUCCCACCUCCACCACCACCACCACCUCUUAAACUUUUCCCCCUCCUGUCUCUCUCUUCACUUCAUGUCCUCCCAUCUCCUUCCAGCUCCCUUCUGUAUAACUAACAGCAUGAAUUAUACCUGACCCUCACAAAGACAAAGGAGAAAAAUACUUUUAACUUUCCUUUCUUUCUCCCACUAUCCUGUCUCUCCCUCCCUCCCUGUCUCUUUCAUGGUGCCCCAAGGCAGGCCAAGAGGGCUCUAGUCUUGACUAAGCACUGGUGAGCCUAGUCCAACAACGCCCAGAGUGAGGGUUUAAUUUCCAAAUGGAAAGAUUUUUUUUUUUAAGUAUGGAAUCAAAUUUGGAGUAGCGAGACAACAUUCCCAAGUUUCCCCCUCGCUUAAUCUCCUGUCCCAUGGCAUUCCUCUGUUCUGGCUUUGUUUCCUUCCUUCUUUACUUCUUCCUAACAUUUGUGAAGAUAAUUCGUGCUUUCAAAUCCCUCCCCAGACUCCAUCUUCUCUUUCUUUAGUAAGCUAAUGGAUUCAUAUAGAUGUCCCUCUCUUCUCUUUUGGCUUUUCUUAGUGUACUGGCAAAUGGCUGGUUAUAUUCCAAUUUAAAACAAAACAAAGGUUAUUAAACUUGUCCGUUUAUUUUCAACAAACACUGUGAUGCUUAGUUUUUCCUCCACCCCCAUCACCGUCAAACAAGACAAUGCUGAUUUCUUUCUGUGGCAAGGAUUGUACCCUCUUUUUUUCUCCCCCUUUAAUUGGCAGAGCAAUUCUGCUGAGAAUUAUACAGAAGGGUCAUUCAAGGCUGUAUUGUGACACUGACUAACCACGUUCAUUAUAUCUGCUUUGUAAUCAAACGCUCGCUUACCAAAUUUUCUUUGCUUUGCAAAUAACGUAACUAAAACUCAGAUCUAAAGGGACCUGUUAUUCAUUUUACCAUUCCAUAUAAUUCUAUUUUUGAAUUUAAAAUAAGAUGGUUAAAAAUGUUUAAAAAGGACAUUCCGUGUGAAACUCCCAGAAGAUUUUGGAUCUUUUGUUUGCCUAGCGCAAACGCAAGCCAUUUCACCAGUUUGGCCACCCCAGUUUAAAACCGACGGUACUGUGGGACCCCAGUGCUGCACUGCUUGUUCCAUAACCAGCACUGGUUGUGAACUAGUAUUGUUCCUGUUUUAUUAAAGGGUUCUUUUUAUGUGUAUGUAACAAAACACAAUCAUGGCCCAGUUUUUUUUUAAUAUAUAACUGUAAAGUUAAAAAAAAUUUUUAGAUCAUAACUAUUAAUCUGUUUUUUGGAAAUGAAAGAAUUCAUCAAUACUAUGAAAUUUAACAUGUUUGCGAAGAACCGUCUCCAAGCCCCUUCCCCCCUUAUGUAAUCUUUGUCUUUAUAGACACGUUUCAUCCAUUUUUUUCUUUUUUUAAGGUUUUCAAUUUGUGAUGUCAUUGCACCUCGAGCCUGAAAUGUAAACUUUAGGGAGAGUUGUUAUCAUUUACCACUAAAUAUUGUGAUUUUUUUUUCAAGAGAUCAGAUGCUUUGUCCUAAGUUAAACCAUUUCCCAGCAGCUAGAGGGUUAUGUUCUUCACUAUGCUUUCUGUAACCGCUUACAUAUGCCACACUACUCAGUGUGUCUGCCCAGUCUGACUACAUUUUGACUAGCUUAUAUGUUAUACAACAAAUGUUGCGUGGGUGACAGUCAUAUCCGGGGCCAAUACAUUAGCCAGUAAAAACUCCCUUGUACUUAAAUCUCAGUGAGCAACUGUAGUUAUUAGUGUCCCCACCACCAGACACUUCCUUGCUUUAUCCAUUGGUCAGCCUCAGCAAAUAUGUCAUUGAUGACUUCCUGUAGGUAUUUUAAAAUGAUCAGACUUGGUUAAUAGUAUUUUCAUCCAUUAGUAAGCAAAUGCAGAGAGGUAAAUUUUGGAGCUUUAUCUGACACCUGCUCCCAAUCUCACACACAGCUCGCCUUUUUUUUUGUCUUCCUGCAGCUCACCUGACUGGAUAAUAACAUUAGAUGACACAAACAUUCGCAACCACAACCAUUUUUCGUGAAUAGAUCCUACUCAAAGAAAGACUGGGCACAUUCUGGUGCAGGUGGUGUGCUUUUUUCCCUUUCUUUUUUUAACAUACAAGAGCAGCGAUGAAUGCAAGUUGCUGCUCAUAAUGGUUAUGUUAAAAAACUAGACUAAUGUCACAAACUAAUACGGCACCUUUUUUUUUUAUUGCACGCAAUCAUCGUUAUACUGUUGGUACACAAAGCUGUUAUUCUUAAGGCCCCCCUCCCAUUUCUAGCAAUGGUAGGCAAAAAAGAAAAACCUUGAAUAAUCUCAGUGUCACAAUAACCUUGUCAUUACUCACCUGGACUUUCUAUAGGUGCAGGAAAGUCGCGUUUCAAUCUUUUUCUCUCUUUGCUGAGGACAAAUGUUUUCAUGCACUGACGUUUAAAAAGAAAGUCUCCUUACCCCCUUUUCUCUUUAGCUGAGCAGAAGCAGCAGUUAUUCCUACGCUUGAUAAGGAAAUUGAACGAAAAGGAAAAAAAAAAAACUUUCCCAUGCAGUAGUGAAUGUGGCACUGAGCCUGUCUGUAUAUCUGGUAUCUCCAAACGUUUUGUUUUUACUUACCAGUAUUCUGGGGGAAAAAAUCCAAAAAAAAAAGGAAAAAAAAAGUAUGCUUCUGUGACCGUUUUAUUGCUUAGCGCGCACGUGGUUGUGAAAACUUAGACUUAGCUUAAUGACACAAAAAACUAGUAAAAAGACAAAAAAACAACACCUUUCCCUGGUUAUUGACGUAUUACUAGAUUUGUGUAUGUCUUUUAAAAAAAAAACUCCAACUCUAGUUUCACCUAACAUGUUAAGGACAAAAAAAAAAUAAUGUAAAAGACGAUUUAAAGUGAAAUAAAGGUUUUAUCAGUUCUGAAUCUCA